UAUGAUGCAAUGACUCUUGUAUAAUGAAACAAUGCAUCAUCUUUGUGGCAUUGUUUUUCCGAAUUAUUCACUGAAGCACAAUGUAACCUGUAUAUUUAUCCAGAAAAGUUUACCAUUUGCUUUUUGUGUUCCUUACCAUGGUACGACCCUAGGAAAUGGGGAGAAAACAUGAAAAAAGCCCUGGUGAUGACUCAGGAAGUACAGUUCAACCAAGCAAAGAUGAGCAGAAAGUGAAAGAUAGAAGGGAGAAGACUAGGCUCAAAGUACAAGCAUGGAGGAAAAAGCAGAGAGAAAACAAAGCAAAAUAUGAUGAGCUGAAAAAAGUCGAUAGGGAAAGGAGACAGGAGGCAAGACUACGAAAACGGCAGCAAGCUCUCUCUGAUCCAAUCAUUCAACAAGAACUUAGAAAGAAAAAGUGUGAGGAAAUGAAAAAGUACUUCAGCGAACAUAUUAAUGCCUGUGAGGCACGGAAGUUAGUAAUUAUCAAAGACAAUUCAAGCCAGGAAAGAAAACAGACGAGCAAGCAAAAUGAACAGAACAAAGAAUCAUCAGAAAAGCUUCCAAAGAAGAGAAAGUCAACAGGAAAGCAAAACACUGCAGAAAAGAAGAGUAAAGUUCAGGAAGUACCAACUGAGAGAGAGAAAGCAAUAGAACCCCAGAAGAGUAAAGUUCAUGAAGAACCAGCUGAGAUGGUAAAACAACAGGAUCCCAAAAAUGCAACCCUGGUGACUUUGUAG